AGAAAAAGACGGCUCCCGCUUCCGCUGAAACCGAGGAAGCACUUGAAGCAAGGCUUACAGCAUCGUACGACAAGGCGCUGCGAUCGCACAACGCUCCAGAGGUGUGCAGAUGAGUAGAAAGAAAACUUCAAUUUCCACUAGGUGGCAAUAUCCAUGUAUGCCGAGAUGUUGGAGCACGUGGAACACCUAGGACAGAACCCGUCGUUCACCACGCGAAAGAUAUUGUACUUGUGUCUGAAGAAUAUGGCCCGCUUGGAGGCUGAAUAUGACCCGCCCUUUCUCGCCGAUGCACUGCAGCACUACGCUGAGGCUCUCGAGAUUGAUGGCACUGACUGCAUCGUGUGGUUUGACAUCGGGUGCAUUGCAUUUCGACUGCACCAGUUUGCCUUGGCGCGCAUGCUCUUUGAACGAGCGUACACCAUCGACGCAACAUUCUGGCCAUUGCUGCACAAACUCGCGUAUACGUUGUAUAUUUUGCAUGAUGACGUCGCGUGUGUUGAAGUCAUCGACUGCAUCCUCCACCACGACAGUGCCCAUGCAGGUGCACACUACCUGAAGACAUGUAUCACGCAAGGCUUCGCUCCACAAGGAGCGAUUCCAUCACCCCUUCACGAGAUUCUAAAGCACCGAAAUGCACCUCGUGAGACGGUUGCACCACCUCCAUCGCCAACGCCGUUGGUGUACAAGUUGUCGGAUCGGUCAUGGGAGUCCCUCGGCUGUUUGCUGUUGGAAAUAUUUGACUCCAGAGUGAUCGAGGAAGACACCACUUUGUCGAUGGUUCAUGCUCCUCUUUAUAUUACGCUCGAUGCCGCCACUACCAGCGACAAAUCGACUUUCUGCCAGCCCACAUCAUCGGAAACGACGAGCCAAACACCCGACACUCUCAAGAACACUCGGGACAAUGUUGAUGUAUCGAUCUGUGAUCCCGACUCUGUCGACCUGGAAUCCACCGGUAUCGCUUCAGAAGAUACCGGCCGCCAGCUACCCACAGACACACCUCCAUCCGAGGCAGUCGCCAUGUCGCCGUGUUCAAAUCAUCGCCGAACGUCGCAUCGAACACUGAAACGACUGCAGGACGAACAACUUGCCGCGACCAAAAUCGCAAAAGAAACAGAUGUAGCGUUUCGUUUGAUGGCAUAUUUUGACGACGAUUCCGAUGCAUCGAUGGAAUCCCAGUUUGAUUCCCCAACUCGAGAGGGUCCAACACCCCCUGCAGUCGAGUUACCAUUCGACACAGCAACGUUCCUUCUCACACACGCUUUCGGAAUCCACACCAACAAGGGGAUCGAAGAUGUCAUGAUCCAGUAUAUUGAAGCGUGCGCCGACCGAGUUGACGUGUGCUUGGGCGACAGCCUCGUCAAGGUGUUGCUGUGGAUGGAUAAGUGCAUCCACCACACGCUUCAAGUCCUCGUCCCGAUCUCCCAUUUCCACGACAAGUUAUCACCUAGUGCUCGCCUCUUUCUCCUGGAACUGCAAGUAGACGACUUGCUUGCAAAUCAUGAUCCCAUGAACCAUUGCCUCAACGCCUUUCAAGACGCCCUCUGUCGUUGCCAGGGCUUCCUCAAUAUGCUGCAACUGCGCGAUGACAUGGAAUCACUGACGCCGCGAAUGCUGUGGCUCCAAAUUCACAUAAACGAAUAUGGCGAUGGCUUAGGCCGUACGGCGACACUUCUGUCCGACCUAACAGAUAUCCUGCGACAAGGAGUUCACCUGGCCAAUGUCAAGACCUUCCCGGUUUUGUCUCAAACCUCCAUCGAAGCGAAGACGCACAGAAUUCAUCUGGCGUCACUGGCCCUGGAGGCGCGAGCUUUAUUUCAGACCCACUCCAACGAAAAGAAGAUCGUGGAUCUGAUUUUGCCGCAGUAUGACCCGACACUUGGCCACGCUGGCCACAUCAGCGAACUUGUCGCCGAUUAUUGCGUUUACUUGCGAAACAAUCCAACAAGAGCCAGCGAUAUGGACAAGAUGGGCGACGGACAGCUCAACUUGCCAUUGUUGCCGAUUCUAGUAACGUGUCUCCGUCGUCUCGAACGCUUCGACAAGUGUUUUGACCUCCUCGUCGUGUGCUUCUAUUACGCCCUGCAACGCACUGCGAACGAGUGUCCGAGUAAGUCGGCCAUGCAAUGCAUCAAGUACAUUGCGAUGCAGCUUAAACCCGUCUUUGACCGCCCAUAUUCCAAGCCUGCCCUGUACUCGCACUUGUUGGUCUACUGCUGCUUUGCCUAUCGAGAUUUGAUCUUGGCACAGCACAAGUCGAUCAAGAUGCUCCAUCGCCUGGUACACUUUUUAACCCCUCAGCUCCGAAUUCGCUUCGUCGGGUCAAUUUUACAAACAUUUCACUCCAUCGACUGGAGGUCCAAACCGCACGACGGCUUGGUCGCGAUGUUGUUGAGCGCGUUACAGCACCUGAACAAAUCUAUCACGACGACGGCACGGUCCGCUGAGUUGAUGUCGCCGUGGUUCGCCAAGACCCUUUGCACACCGAUCGCCCAUUUUUUGAAACAGCAAGGGGAUAUCACCAAAUACACCCCUCAAACCAGGCGCUUGCUGUACACAGCGUGUACGUCGUUUGCCAUGGUUUGGUACGAAGUUCAUAAAGGACAAGCGGUGCCGUGCGAAGGCCUCGUGCGCUUGCUGCAUGACGCGAUGACUAGUCGCGAUGGGCUGCAAGGUCGAGGUGUUUGCACAACUGACACGCACUCGCACAGCUUUCUGGAAGUUGCGAAGCGCAUGCUGCAAGAGUCUCCCGAAAACGUCGAUGACGAAUUGGCCCAGUGCUACGCCUGCCUGCAUGGGUACAGCCUCUUGACGACAUGUAUGAACCACCACGGGGACGACGUGCGUGCCAAAACCACAACACCCGACACCAUCAUGGAGCUCUUUUCGUUUUGCCAAAAUACAGACAAGAAACUCGUUCGUAAGGAAUCGGCUGCGUUGUUUGCGAGUGUGCUGGACUUGCCCGACACCAAGGCAACGCUGCAGGAGCUCGUCCCUGUGAACGCACUUCAAAGUUCGCUGAAGGCCUAUAUGAACCCGGCAGCAUCGGCAGAUAUUCACGUGGUUCAACCCAUCCCUGUCGACAACAUGGUUCCGAGCGACGAUUUGCAACCGCUCAGUGAGCUCUGGUUCGACUUGGCCACAAACUUUUCCCUUCCCAAAGUCAAGCGUCGCGGGCGCGACUACCCCCAGCUUCUGCAGUACGAGGUCGAUUGCGUCAAGUACGUCAACUACCUACGCAAUGACAUUUACCUCCAUCCCAAUCGGGCCAUGUCGUACCGCAUGAUCGCGUCGUGCGCCAACGCACUGCGCUCGAUGAUCGUGGACCACUGGAUUGUCGCGUGGCGCAACUUCACUUACCCCAAAGUUCAAUCAUGCGCAGACUUGACGUCUGGGACGGCCACAUCGUUUGAACUAGUGGUGUCGACUCCGUUCUUUAGCCAGUUCAUGGAGUGGAUCACGUUGGUGCAGCAAGCGGAAGAUGACGAAAGCAGUCAACGUGAAGUCAUGUACAAGUCGCGGGAAAUGUCCCUUGUGUACACGAAUUACGUAGCUGUGUUGGCCGAGCUCGCUCUUCGUUGCUACGACAUGGCAGCAGCGCUGGAUGCAAUGCUCGCGACGGAGUGCUACGAAGACGCUGGGAUUUUGGUGUGGAAGAUGCUGUCGGAAAGCGCUGAGGCGCAUGCCGAGCGCCUCAACGCCCUUGCAUCCAACUACUUUACAUUGGGACUGCAACAACCCAACGUGACGGGCGAGUUUGGUCUGCGACUCAACUAUAUGCUCGGAAAAUUGGCCAAAAAAUCGAUCAAGAAGCGCACGGGCCGCCUGAACGAUUGGAGAGCCGCGCUCGAGUAUUUUCAAACGGCCGAGAUGCAUCGACAAAAGAGCGACCUGGAGUCGCUUCCCCAUGCGUUUUAUCAACUACAUGCGUGUCGCCUCAAGAUCUUGCUGGAACCAGUGAGCAAGACGGGGGCGUUACAGUCCCGUGACGACCUCCAGCCAGCACUCGAGGCGCUGGCGUUGGCCAACCAGUACUUUUACACCAAAAAGGUGUCGUUGAGGUCCAAGUCGGACGACACCGCGACCCCUGGAAACGAAUGGACCCAAGAAAAAGUGACGAGCUUGUUGGCGGAUGCAUCAACACUUUGGAGGGCUCGAGAGGUCUUGGUGUGGAAUUGCCUCGAAGCCCUCGAACGCGUCCCACUCGACGAUCGGUACUUUCAUCCGGCGUACUAUACCUAUGCUUGGGGGCUUCGAUUCGCCCAACCGAUUGUCGACCGAACCAACGAGUACUGGACCGAACGGUGUACUCUGCAGUCGGCCGUGAAGGCGAUGAAACCCCUCUUUGAUCGAAAACGACAGCAAGUUGUCGCGAUUUGGCUCUCCGAGUCCGAAACAAACAACCUGGAAGAGUUGCAUCAGCAGCAAGCCAAGUACGAUCGCUUGCGGUUGAAGUAUUUGUCGCUCUACCUCGAAACGAUGACGAUGGCUGGCGAUUCCCAGCGCGUAUCGGACUUGACGUCGUGGAUUCUCGCAAGCAAGGAAGAGCACUGGGUGAUCGAUGCGAUGCUGAUGAAAGCGCUGUCCGCGAGCAGUUUCUUGGCGCGUGGGAAGAUCCUGGAUUUGUAUUUGAAAUGCUUGUUUCCGUCGCAAGACGACGUGAAUUACCAGCCCAAAGUCCUGGCGCAUUUGAAUCGUGUGUACACGACUUACUUGGAAUACAACGAGGCGUGGCAUCGAGUGCGAACUCCGGUCGACCAAUCCAUGGGGAGCUGUAUCUGGGAAGUGGCGCUGUCGUAUGCGCUGUACGCCGCUGUCCACGAGCAAAAUGUCCAGUGGUGCAACGACGCAGUGGCCCAUGUCGAGAAGAGCUUGAUCCAGUAUUCCCAAUCGCGUGCGGCGAGCCACGAUGUAGUCAUGAUGGACCUCUACCAAGAGCUCCACAUGGAGGAACAGCCGUAUUGGGCAACUUUGGUGGACGAAGCGUUGACGUUCUGCUCAAUCAAGUGGCCCGACAAAACCAAGACAAAGGCCAAGCCUCAUGUACCCAAAACGAAGCUCCUGUUUCUCGCCUCCACGUCGUAACGAUUGGCGAGAAUACUCAAUUCCUUCAUCCACUC